AUGUCGGACCCUUCUUCAAUCAACGGUGGUACCGCAGUGGCCAUGGUGGGCAAGGACUGCAUUGCGAUUGCCUCGGACAUGCGUUUGGGCUCACAGUCGCUCGGUGUGUCGAACAACUUCGAGAAGAUCUUUAACUACGACCACGUUUUCUUCGGGCUCACGGGCCUAGCGUCGGACGUGAUCACCGUGAACGAGAACUUCCGGACCAAGACGAACCUAUACAAGAUGCGUGAGGAACGCAACAUUGAGCCGGAGAAGUUCGCCAACUUGGUGAGCUCGAGCUUGUACGAGCGCAGAUUCGGGCCGUGGUUCGUUGGCCCCAUUGUGGCCGGGCUCAACUCCAAAACGGGGAAGCCUUUCAUCUGCGGGUUUGACUCGAUCGGCUGCAUCGACUUCGCCAAAGACUUCGUUGUUUCCGGAACCGCCUCGGACCAGUUAUUCGGUAUGUGCGAGACGUUGUACGAGCCAAACCUCGAGCCAGAGGACCUCUUUGAGUGCAUCUCGCAGGCGUUGUUGAACGCCGCUGACAGAGAUGCGUUGAGUGGUUGGGGUGCUGUUGUGUACAUAGUGACGAAGGACAAGGUGGUGAAACGAUACUUGAAGUCUAGACAGGACUGA